UGGUGGACAAGGAAAGCAAAAUGUUUUUUCUUUGCAGAUUUUCCGUUUAAAAGUGUCCAAUCGAAACACUUUGCGCUUAUCUUAUGCGUUAGGUACCACAAAUGUUCAAUAAUCUCUUGGUUUUUGCUCAAUUGUAGACUAAUUAGGGCCAAAGGAACCGAUGGAUGAAGUAAUUAAGAAGUCUCUGUCUGUCACACUGCUUUUCUUCUUCAAUAUUGCAUGGACUGCAAGGAUUCGUCUUCCCUGCAUUAGUUGCUUUGUCACAUUACUCCUGCGCUGAAAAAAAGAUCAGGAAGUUUGCCAGUCUUAUCAUUUGAUAGUGUGAUACAUACAAAGCUUGAUGAAAUACAUUUGGGGUUGGUCCGGUUACUCUGCUGUGAACAAUUCCCUUUCUCGGGUACUCGUCUUCUUCUUCCGUCUGGCCUGGAAUGUGAAGCUGAAGAUUCCCUGGAUCAUCACUGCUGUGAUGCUGGCCUGUGAUGUGAGAGUUCGUUUGGAAAUAGAUUUGUUUGUUUAGAAUCAUAAAGAUGAGCCGCGGAGUGAGAGAUUUGCGUGAUUUGAUCUGUGUGUCAAGACUGACGUACCGUGAUAGUGAUGAAGAGAUAUUCAGCGAUGAUGACAGGUUAGCUAGGGACUUCAACUCAUUAUCCCUCUCAAGGGAGUAUUCAGACAGCAGAGAAAGCUCCGCAACAUCAAAUAGGAGUGCAAACAGAGUCUCAGAUUCUGGAUUUGCAACAGGUAUAUCCCCAGAACAGGACAGUUUAGCAUCACAGCCUACAAACGAAGUGUUGAAUGGAACCAAAUCUAAAACAAACAAUAGAAAAAAACGAAAAAAGAAAAAACCUCCCCAAGUACACAGUGAGGUUUCUAUGGGACAUGAACUUCCUAAAGCUCGACCAUUGCCCCCCGUUAGGAGUAACAGUGUCAUCAGUUCUAGCUCAGAUGACGAAAGCCAUGACAUCACGACUCCACUUCCAAGAAACAUACCCAUGGGUAGAAAUAGAAUGGGUGCAAAUUUUAAGGCACAUCAAAAACGACCAAGGGAUGGAAAAUUCGAUGAUAUUUUGACUUAUUUAGAUGCCAAUAUAGUGGCCGAAUGGUUAGGCCGAGCCAAUGACAUGGUGUCUGACCUUUCCCUUUGGUGUCACACUGGAGAGAACUUUGUUCAGUUUGCUCAUUUCUAUAUCUCUGAUUUCCCCGACAUGCAACGCCAGGAAAUCCUCCAGAUGGAAUACGGCAUAUUCAUGGAUGAACUUGGCCUCGCUUAUGCUGUUGGGCGUGAAAGUGGCAAAGUGAAAUAUUCAGACCUAACAUACUUGGCUUCAGCAGUUCUGAGAGAAUAUCCUUCGAAACUUUUAAGUUCAAAGGGCGCAUUUCUCUUCUUAGAUCACUUAGAUGUGUUGUCCUCAGAAAGGGCCGAACCUUAUAAAAAACUUCUGUCUGAUGUGAAAGUGUCAACCGGUAACAAACAAUAUGCCCAGUGGUUGCUGGGCACUCGAGCAUUUGCCCUUGGAAGUCUCUGGUUUGCCGUUGUAGGAUUUUAUCGGAAACUUCUCGGAAGAGAUGGUGCUUUGAGCGAGAAUGUGCCCACUACUGCCCAGAUGAGGACGCUGACAAAGAAGGACAAUACUCAGCACAGACUCAUGCAGGCGAUGAGGCAUGGUUACAUCGAUGUCAUCAACUAUUUCAUCCGAACCAAGAAGAUCAGUGCCGAUUACUGUGAUGACCACCAGAGAACACUGGUGCAUGCUGCAGUCAUGCACAACAAACCCAAAGUUUUGCAGUACCUUCUUACACAGCUGAAUCCUGCUCCAGAUGUGAACAUGCCUGCUAACACUGGUAACACUCCUCUCCAUGCUGCGGUGAAUGCUGGCAACUCCAACGUUGUCUCGAUUCUUAUCAAACAGGGCAGGGCAGAAGUAAACGCCAUCAACAAACAAUGUGAUAACGCUACACCAUUACACAUGGCAGCAAUGCAUGGCCAUAUGGGUAUUGUGGAGACGCUUGUGAAUGCUGGUGCUGAUGUUACACUGAGGAUGGGAGACCUAACAGUGGCAGCCAUUGCCCGAGACUUUGAUAACUUAGAUAUUGCAGAGUUCAUUGAGUCAAAAGUGACGACAAACUAAACAUCUAAAAGUAGUAACAUUUACAUGUAGAGGGGACUAGUGUACAUCUGUUAAGAGAUCAAAGCUGGUCGUCAUGAUGCACAGAAAUCUAUUUUAAGCUUCAGUGAAAGCUAAUGAUGAUAUAGUUCUCCAUUUGGAGGACAUCACUGACAUGUGUAUCUUUGUGCUUAUUGCACAGUGUAUAAACAUGGUGUUUUAAUCAACUCUCCUGCUUUUUAAUCCAUUUUCUCCUUUGCUGCCAGGUUGUGACAUGAGUACUUAAUCUUUCUUUGCUAAGAAAAUGUUGUUUUAUGACACAUCACCUGUUUAUGUUAAAGUGUUUGAGUGUACAGAUAAUCUCUGCAAGAUACAAAUAAAUAUGCUACAUAACUUAC